AUGAUUUUUGCUACACUUCAUAUCAAUCUUCAUUAUACAGAUUGGGUAAAUGAAAGUGAGAGUCAUAAUGUAUUACAACACGAUUGUUUGUGUGUUGCUGCUUCUAUUGAUGAAGCAAAUUUUAAUCGUGAAAUUAUAUCUUAUUGUAUGAAUGAUGAAUUGCCAUUGAAAUUUCAUAUCGAGAACAAUAAUGUCUUUCCAAAGUUUACCUUUGACGAACUUUUGAAACGGAAUAUUACAAGUCAACAAUUAUACCUUUGGUCAUCACCAAUAGAUGUUGCUGAAAGUUAUCAAUUUUAUUUAAACAAAUUAUCAACAUCAAAUGAUAUAUUUCUCGAAACACAAGUUUUCUAUAAUUGCACAUUACCAAGAUUUGGUUCUAUGUGUCAAUAUGAAAUUACUUAUUAUCAUCAAAAUCAUUUAUCUUUAGAUGAAAUUAUUCAUGAUUAUUAUCGUACAUAUGAAUAUAAUCCGUAUAAUUUUACCUGUUAUACUCAUUUACAAUGUAAUCGUGGUCCUUUUCCAGCAUGUUUAGAUUGGAGUGAAAUUUGUGAUGCACAGGUCAAUUGUCUCGAUGAAGAAUUUGAUGAAGAACAUUGUUGGCAAAUUGAAAUAAAUAAAUGUAAUGAUAAUGAAUAUCGAUGUACUAAUGGACAAUGUAUACCUCAGUCGUUUUUUUCGAGAUGA